AUGUUCCCCUUGUUAAAAGUUUAUCCGCUGAGGCCUGGUUUGGGAGAGAUUUUGUUAACCCUCCCCGUGCCAAAGCAAACGUGGCUCACUGGAGAAGAACGAAUGUGCGGCUAAGUGGCCUCGGGUUGCCUGAGCAGCUGGGUCUUUCUUCAAAAGCUGAUAAAAAGUCCUGGUUGGCAAGGAAGCCCUUUCUCUCUCUCUCUCUCUCUCUCCCUCUCCCCCCACUCUUCUAGCCUGUAGUCCAUGCUCGGCCUGACUUGGCCCUGCCAGCCUCAAUCUCGAGGCAGACAGAAAUAGCUUGGCACCAUGUGGCUUUUGAGUCACUCAUCAUCUCUGUUCGGCAUCUGCUCCUUAAGGAUACCCAGGCAGAUUCUGCCCCGCAGGGCGCACAGCCGACGUCGCCUUCUUCUCCAGACGGGUCCUCCAGGCCGAGUGUGUGGCAUGGGGACCAGGGAGCAUGAAAACAGAAGUAGGUGUGUUUAAGAAAGCCGGAGGAAGGGGCUGCUACAGAACGAGCCGUGCCGCCGGAUGGGUCCCCUGCUAGUCGUCGCUAUUCCGAACAUCCAGCCCUGUCAUCUUAGCCGAGUGUGAAGCAUAUGGGAGGACCAAGCGGGGAGGUGGAAUCGGGGGGCGUGGAAAGAGCCCCUUCUGCGCAGCUGCGUGCCGAGUCGCUUCGUAAGGUGGAGAGCAGUCGUGGAGUCCCCGGGCCAGCCAAUGGGGUGGCUCAGUUAAAGAGGAUGACCUGGAGGCUCUCGCUUGUGGACCGCAGUAUGCAGGAGACCCGGGGCUUGCGCUGGAGGAGAGCUGUGGGGGUCGUCUUCUGCUGCACCUGCCUGCGGAAGCGUGGCUCCCCAGGCAAGGGGCUCGCCUGUCCCCGUCAGAAGAGAAGUCGCAGCUUUGCUCCCUGCUACAAGGAGAACGUGGAAUCGGUUGCAUCGGGACUCCCACUUCUGGAAUGGAUCCACAGGGGAUCGCGCUUUGAUAUCCAGAGGCCAGGGAAAGAUAAUGACAUGGACCUGGGAACUCUCCAAAACAACAUCAACAGCACUUUGGACAACGUUUACGAGGAUGGCCUGGAACCAGACCACAGUAGGCCCCUUUCAAACAGCAACCCUCUCUGCAACGGUGAACAGGCCAGUCUUCUGACCGGAGACGAUGUUGUCAAGCGCUCUCAGCCUCUGCUCAUCCAAGCCAAUAGAAAGCUGAAAGAGGAGGAGGAGCAGCAGCAGCGUGCCUUAUCUUUGCCCUCCAUCCCAAACCCUUUCCCAGAACUCUGCAGCCCCUCCAACUCACCCAUCCUCAGCAACUCCUCCCUGGGACCAGGCUCACCGCGAGAAGGAGGUUCUCAUGUAGUGAAGGUCUACAGUGAAGAUGGCACUUGCCGCUCACUGGAGGUCACAGCAGGAGCCACGGCUCGUCAUGUCUGUGAGAUGCUCGUCCAGAAGACUCACGCUUUGCAUGAUGAGUGCUGGUCCCUAGUGGAGGUCUAUCAGCACUUGGCUCUAGAGCGAUGCCUGGAAGAUCAUGAGUCGGUGGUGGAGGUUCAGGCCACGUGGCCUGUUGGGGGUGACAGCAGGUUUGUCUUCCGGAAGAACUACGCCAAAUAUGAGCUGUUCAAGAGCUCGCCACAGUCACUGUUCCCCGAAGCCAUGGUUUCAAGCUGCCUGGAUGCAGCCAACAAGGGCAUGUCCCAUUCAGAACUUAUACAGAAUGUGCUGAAUUCAGGAAGCUGCCCCGAAAUCCAAGGUUUCAUGCACCUGAAAGAAGUUGGACGCAAAGUAUGGAAAAGGUUUUACUUCUCCCUACGGCGCUCUGGGCUCUAUUACUCAACCAAAGGCACAUCAAAGGACCCCCGACAUCUACAGUAUUGUGUCGACAUAAACGAAUCCAAUAUCUACUACAUCACCCAAGGCAAAAAGCAGUACAGCACCCCCACAGAAUAUGGCUUUUGCAUCAAGCCAUGCAAGGCACGAAGUGGCGCCAAAGGCCUGAAGCUCUUCUGCAGCGAAGACGAGCAAAGUCGCACGUGCUGGAUGGCUGCCUUCCGCCUCUUUAAGUAUGGCAUACAGCUCUACAGAAACUACCAGCAGUGCCAAGCACGGCAAAGAGAAACUGCGUGGAUCGGGCCUGUACCCCUGCGGAGCGUGUCGGAUAACACCUUGGUGGCCAUGGACUUCUCGGGUUGUACGGGCCGAGUGAUUGAGAAUCCCAAUGAGGUCCUGUCGGUCGCGUUGGAGGAGGCUCAGGCGUGGAGGAAGAAGACGACGCACCGAUACAGCCUGCCGACCCCGUUCCAGAGCUCCUCGUUCAGUGCUGCCAUCCACAGAACCCAGCCAUGGUUCCACGGACACAUUUCUAGAGAAGACACCCAGCGCCUUAUCGUUCAGCAGGGACUGGUGGACGGGGUCUUCCUGCUGCGGGAGAGUCAGCGGAACCCCAAAGGUUUUGUCUUGUCCCUCUGCCACCUGCAGAAGGUGAAGCACUAUCUUAUCCUUCCGAGCGAGGAAGACGGACACCUCUACUACACCAUGGACGACGGCCAGACUCGCUUUGCUGACUUGAUCCAGCUGGUGGAAUUCCACCAGAUCAACCGUGGCAUCUUGCCUUGCAAGCUGAAGCACUACUGCACAAGCGUCGCCUUAUGAUAGGCUGUCUUCCCAAGCGGCCUUUCCCUGUGCUCCACAGAUUGGCCAUGGCCGGUGACAGGGGGGGGGGUCUGGGGAGCAGGUCUUUUUUGAACUCUGUACACCGGGAUCGACUCCGAACUUUGAAUUGCUCCUUAAUAAACUUCAGCUGCUGCAAGCGACCCGAUUUGAACCUUCCCAUUCCACCACCACACCGUCAUCGGAAGCCUCCGGAUUC